UUUUUUCACUUUAUCUUAUUUUGUCUUUGUCAACGAUGUUUUUAUUUUGUUCAGGUGAGAUUCAAAAUCGAUAAAGAUGUCUUGCCCUUGCCCGAGGAUCACUUUAAACAUGCUAUAAAAGAUAAUUAUCAGAAACACUCUAACAAGUUUAAUCCUGAACUGAAUGUUAGACAGGUAAGAAAUCUAUUAGAAAUGUUUCGCCCAUUACAUGUAUUGUCAACUGCACGUACACAUCCUGUUUUGAACGACAUAUACUCUGCCUCGAUGCUGCCACAUCCACCAGCGAAUGGAGUUUUUAAUCAGACAUCAAGGGCAUCAUCUCAUUUUGAGGAUUCUAUUUUGUCUAGGAUGUCACCUAAUCAAGCUCCUGGGCUGUUGAACCAUAAACAUCGAAAUGGACUUGAGGAGCCUACUGGUUGGGCCGCCUAUCCUGUCAAAAAUUCGAUGCCAGUUGCUGCUCAGUCUGUGCCAUCCCAAGCUUCAGGAAAUCAGAUCCAUGCACUGGCAAAUACAUAUCCUCAAUACACACACAAGAAUAUCCUUACGGCGCAGCCUGAGUUUCAUUCAUCCUUAGUAAAUAAUGACGGUGGCUAUGCUCAGUCAAUGCAAGAUUCUCAGCAUGCACAGCUUAAUGUUUUACAUCAACAACCUGAAUUUCAUUCUUCCAUGAUGACUGUGGGUGGAAGUCAUACUCAAUCCCUGCAACAUUCUCAACAUCAACAUCUUAAUAAUGUCUUACAUCCACAGCCUGAAUAUCAUUCUUCCAUGAUGACUGUGGGUAGUAGCCAUAGUUAUGAUCAAUCGCUGCAACAUUCUCAACAUGUAAAUCUUAAUGUCUUACAUCCAACACCUGAAUUUCAUUCUUCAAUGAUGACGGGUGGCAGUUAUACUCAAUCACUGCAAGAUCCUCAACAGCUUCAUCAGAGUAUCCUAAACCCACCACCACGCGGUGUUAAUCCCCCAGCGGCGAAUGUGGGUAUCAGUCAUUCCCAAGUGCUGUGGGAUCCUCACUAUACUCACCAGAAUAACCAAAAUCCGCAACCUGACUCUUAUUCAAUCGCGGCAAAUGUGAGCAGCAAUUAUGCCCAAUCAUAUCCAGAUCCUCAACAAACAUGUCAGACAAUAUAUAUAUAUAUAUAUAUAAUAAUAGAAAUGAAUAUGACUAUUAAAGUGUACUUAUGA